AUGAAUGAACCACAUCCUCCUCACUCCCGCUGUUCCCCUGUCCCGCAGGUGCCGUGUUGGGGUUGGCUGCUCUCUGUUCCAAGGAUGCUUUCCCGCAGGAAGCAGAUCCCGGCUGCCUCAGAGCGCUCCAUCCUUCACCGCUGCCUCUCCACCGUGAGAGAGUAGGAGUAGGGAGUAGGGAGCACGCUGAGGGCUGGUGUCUACAUCCUGGCAGGGGAGGUGGCUAAAACCAGCUCCGGCCCCAGCAUCGUCCUCUCUUUCCUGAUUGCAGCCAUGGUGUCCGCUCUGGCAGGGCUGUGCUACACUGAGUGUGGGGUGUGUGCCUAUCUGUACAGCUACGUGACAGUGGGUGAGCUGUGGGCAUUCAUCGCUGGGUGGAACCUGCUGCUGUCUUAUGUCAUUGGUACUGCCAGUGUUGCCCAGGCCUGGAGCGCUACCUUUGACCAGCUCCUCGGCAAGAAGAUGGGGAGGUUUUUGGGUGCUCACGCAGCCAUGAGCUCUAUGGGGCUGGCAGAGCACCCGGAUGCCUUUGCUGCUGGCCUGGUGGUGCUGCUAGCAGGGCUUCUUUCCUUCAGAGUGAAGGAGUCCACCACAGUCAACAAAGUUUUCACAGCUCUCAACAGGCUUGUCCUGCUCUUUGUCACACUGAGUGGCUUCAUCAAAGGUGACCUGAGCAACUGGAAGCUCAGGGAGGAUGACGUGCCAUGGGCAGCUGGGAACCAGUCUGUGGCUGGCAACAUGACCAGUGCCUUUGGGGUGGGAGGCUUCAUGCCCUAUGGUUUCAAUGGGACCCUGGCUGGAGCCUCUACCUGUUUCUAUGCCUUCGUUGGGUUUGACUGCAUCGCUACCAUGGGGGAAGAAGUGAGGAACCCACUCGGGAGAUCCAUCCCCAUGGGCAUCGUCCUCUCCCUCCUCAUCUGCUUCCUGGCGUACUUUGGGGUGUCCGCUGCCCUCACCCUGAUGAUGCCCUACUACCUCCUGGACACCAUGAGCCCGCUCCCAGUGGCUUUUGAGUACAUUGGCUGGAGCAGUGCAAAGCACGCUGUGGCCGUGGGGUCACUGUGUGCCCUGACAACCAGUGUCUUGGGCUCCACGUUCCCCAUGCCACGGAUCCUGUAUGCAAUGGCUUGAGAUGGGCUCCUCUUCAAACCUCUGGCCAAAGUGAGUUGCCAUCAGUGCCCAGUGGUGGCAACGCUGGUGUCUGGAGCAGUGGCAGCAUUCCUGGCCCUCCUCUUUGACCUAAAAGCCCUGAUUGACAUGAUGUCCAUCGGCACACUGCUGGCUUACUCUCUGGUGGCUGGCUGUGUGCUGCUGCUCAGGUAUCGGCCUGGAUCCAACACUAAGGACACUCCUGCAGGGAAGGCCCUGGCUGUGCAGCUAUGGUGGGACCAUCUUGUCCAUCCACCCUCGCAUCCCACCCCAUGUUCCUCCUCUGCAGUGGCCUGGGCUCUGACAGCCAUAGCCACCCUGGUGUGUGCUGUGAGCUGGGUGAGCACCAUGGGGCUGCAGUGCAUCACUGCCCUGGCUCUGCCUCUCCUGGGGAUCCUGGUGGCAGCCCUGCUCAUCUGGAGGCAGCCUCAGAGCCGGGAGAGAGCAUCCUUCAUGGUUCCCUGCCUACCCUUCCUGCCGCUUCUCAGCAUCACCAUCAGCAGCAUCCUCAUGGCCCGGCUCAAUGUGGGUGCCUGGCUGUGGUACCUGCUCUGGAUGGCCAUUGGCUUCCUUAUUUACUUUGGCUCCGGGAUCCGGCACAGCGCUGAGAGCCACCAGCCUGAAGGGGCAGCUCCAGGGGAUGCAAUGGGAAGCACGGGCAGGGAAGUGGCCUUGGAGCCCUGCAGGACUGUGCAGUGCCUGUCUGCUCCGGGGCAAUAA